AUGGAUAGAAAAACGAUGAAGACAAGUGAAUCACAAGUUUCCUUACAAGAUGGUUUUGUGUUUUGUGGGGAUCUGCUUGAUGAUUUUGUUUCUUCUGCUUUCCCCUUCAAACACGAGGAGAUGAUGAAUAGUUUGUCAAGUUGUGGAGUUGCAGAUUUCCUUUUUGGGUCACCAAAUACCACCGUUGGCAGCAGUCCGAUCUCAGCUAACCAUAAUACUAAAACAAGUGUAUCUUCACUCGACGACCAAUCAGAUUGCGAAGAUGAUGAAGUUGGUCCUCUUGAUUUGAGACGCAUCCGAAGGAUGGUUUCAAACCGGGAGUCAGCCAGACGAUCGAGAAAAAGAAAACAAGCUCAUUUACAAGAUCUUGAAUCCCAUGUGGAUCAACUCACCGGAGAAAAUGCCUCUCUCUUCAAGCAGCUUUCAGAUGCUGCUCAACAAUGCUGUCAGGCUGACACCAAUCAUCGUAUCCUUAAAUCUGAUGUUGAAGCUCUCAGAGCCAAGGUGAAGUUGGCUGAAGAUAUGGUGACUCGAGGUUCUUUAAGCUCUAGUUUGAAUCAGACUCAUCAACCUCUCCACAAUCUAACAAGAGUAUCACCAACCGUCACUAUCAACGGACUACUCUCAGCUGGACUUGAUUCUCAUCAUAAUAUCACAAAUACUGCUCCUGUAUUGACCAGUGACGCUGUCUCCGAGCUUUGGCCUUAGAUUAAGUAAAAAGUUAAUCACCACUAGAUGGUGGUACCAACAAUCUUAAACUAAAAAUGUAUUAGAACUAUGAAAAAUAAUAAAAAUAAGUUAUGUUCUAUCAAGAAAAAUGAACUAACUUCAAGAUUUCAGUA